AUGGCAGCAAAACAAGAAAAUCAAACUGUCACCAGCCUGAAACAAAAAGUUAUUGAAGAUUAUUUGACAUGUAUCAUUUGUUCAGACACCUAUGAAGAUCCACAUCAGUUGAAAUGUCAGCAUACAUUCUGUUUAAAAUGUCUGACAGCUUACAUUCAAAAAAGGAAAUUUACUAACUCAUUUCCAUGUCCAGUUUGUCGU